AUGGAGUUACGAGUCGGUGGCAAGUAUAGAGUUGGAAGAAAAAUCGGAAGUGGGUCAUUUGGAGAAAUUUAUACCAUUGAUAAAUAAAUUGAUCAGUGCAUUAAUAAGUCUAAUUUCCAUAAAUAUGACGUCUUUGCUUAUAUAUGAAGCUAUAUUUAGGCACAAACAUCCAAACUAAUGAAGAAGUUGCAAUUAAGCUUGAAAAUGUCCGAUCGAAGCAUCCGCAACUAUUGUACGAGUCACGGCUAUACCGAAUUCUUCAAGGUGGUGCAGGCAUUCCUAACAUCCAUUGGUAUGGGGUAGAAGGAGACUACAAUGUGCUCGUCAUGGAUCUGUUAGGUCCUUCUUUAGAAGAUCUCCUACAGUUCUGUGGGAGGACUUUUAGCUUAAAGACAGUUCUGAUGCUAGCAGACCAAUUGAUUACAAGAAUCGAAUAUAUGCAUUCUAAGAAUUUCCUUCACAGAGAUGUAAAGCCUGACAACUUUCUAAUUGGGUUAGGAAGAAAAGCAAGCCAGGUCUACGCGAUUGAUUUCGGACUUGCGAAAAAAUACAGAGACCCUAAGACAAAUCAGCACAUUCCCUACAAAGAAGAGGUACAUUAAAAUGGUCGCAUGUGUCAGCCUGCCCUCUUGGUGCAGCAGUCCAGACCUUUUGUGGCCAUGGUGAACUGGGACGGACUCGAGUCAAGAAUCAAGUGAAGCCUCAGGUAAUGACUUCCUGUGGUUAGAAAUGGAGAUGCCCAAAAACGUCUUUGGAUCCAAGGACGAGUGUACAUUUCUCUACCGAAAAACAGUCUUUUUCCUGUAGCUGUCGAAGGAAGGCACUUCGAUAACUGACACUCCAAGGAGCUGAUCUUGGAAUCAAGCUAUUCCAAUUGUCCACCAAGGCCGCAGAAAUCCAUAGCCUACCCACUCAAGACUGAAGCUGCAAGGCAAGGAGAAACAGAAGGUACUGAAAGUGGCACCCGUUUUCUGGGGAUAGACACUCUGGGCUGGAAUUGAAAAGUGGUAAAAACUUUGGAUACGGGACGUCUUUGGUGGCUGUGUCACCAAUAUGGCUAACAGCUGACUUUAAAUAAUCUAAUCUAAUCUUACCCUACAGAGAAGGGAAAAAUCUGACAGGAACAGCCCGCUAUGCUUCUAUAAACACACAUCUUGGUAUUGAGCAAUCUCGCAGAGAUGAUUUAGAAGGCCUGGCAUAUGUCCUUUUAUACUUUUUAAGGGGCUCAUUACCUUGGCAAGGACUACCAGGAAACAAUAAGAAAGAAAAAUACCAAAAUAUCAUGGAAAAGAAAAUGACGACUUCAGUGGAAACUUUAUGUGCCAGUUUUCCAAGUGAAUUUUGUACUUAUUUGAAUUUCUGUAAAGCACUGAGGUUUGAAGACAGGCCAGACUACAGCUAUCUUAAGCGGCUGUUUAAAGAUUUGGCAUUCAGAGAGAAUUUUCAGUAUGAUUUUGUUUUCGAUUGGUGCGCGCUAAGACAGCAGCCUGAAGUGGAAGUGCCGCAGGUCCAGCCUGCACAAGCACAGAUUGCAGCUCAACAAAGAGAAAAGAUUAAUCAUCAAGAAAGCCCAAUGCAAGAAGAAACAAAGCAGCCCCGAAAUGUUAUAAAGGGCUCCAUCUCAAAUAAUCAUAAAUUUUUUCAGUGUGCGCAUAUUAUUGAUAAUGAGACAUUUACCGAAAAAUUCGUCAAGUUUCAACCAAAUGAUACACUAUUUAAAAAUUCGACAAUUUUUUUCAAAGGAUUGAGCACUAUUAGAUUAGAUUAGAUUAAGCCGUUUGCCUUGCAGGGCCGGGGAUUCGCACCCCUACACGCUCAUCGCCCCUGAGGAGCCUCGGCGGACACCCUCCUUGUUGCCUCAAACAAGGGAUUCGCACCACCAGUCUUGACUUCCAUGGCUUCUGGAGUCUAAGGGCCAACCACCUGGGUCGAAACUCCCAGUUUCUCGUUGGGCAAAUACCGUCUUCUGGGUCUGAAGGUCAUAUUGCCUUCAAACAUUGGCCGACCUUGCCCUUUCCAAUGGUUGUCCUGGAGGAAAAACUCCAAGUCCGAGGAUUAGCUCCUCGGGCUCGAAGAAUACCCAGCCCGAACAUACAUAAAGGAUUACCGGCCCCUUUCCACCUAAAUCUCCACCACUGGGCCGUUGCCUGCUGGUGUUGAAGAAAUAGGGUCGAGAGGUCGGGUGGUCUGUUGUCACCAUUUUUAUGUAUAUGAUUGAGCACUAUUAAAAACGCACAAUCAUUUGGCAUGGAGCCAUUAUAAAGCCACCCCAAAAAGCAACACAGCCUGGACCAAAAAUUAUGGCCUUCGCUCAAAGACCAGUGAGAUAG